GGGUUGAUCGAACGGGAUGGGGUUGAAGGAACGGGUUGAAGGAACGGGUUUCGCGUGGACGAACGAACGGGUUUGGACGAACGAACGGGUUUCGGGUACGGUUUGUGCUUCUGUUUGACUUUUGUUUUGCCACCACUCGACUCCUUCACUGGAUUCGGUGGUCAAUUCCUUCAAUUCGCUCCUGACAACGCAGCCCUUUGUGGUGCGCUUGUUGCUGCGUCCAAAGACCGUCCAAUAAGGAUCGGCAAAGUGUACGUGAACAGCGCCGGCAUGACAUGAUGACGGCGGUGGCCCGGAGCAGAGCAUGGGAUGAUGACUAUCAUAUUAUCUCUAGUACACACGAGGACAUCUGAUAUCUUUGACGAGACACAUCUCUCUGACCAUGCUCUGCUUCAUGCAGAAAGCGCAGCCAAAGCGCGCCGCGGGCGGUGGAGACUCACAUGCAGGCGGGAAUGAGAAUAGGGAGCAGCAAAAUGGCACCAAAGACCAAGUCUGCAUGGGAGUGGCGCGCGUUUGUGCCCGGCGGUGCGCCGCCGGUCACCGGGUGGCCGUUUGAAGUCCAGUGGAGCGUCGACGCUGAGUCGCGCUCGGACUGGUAUCUGCCGCUCGGCGCGAUGCUUGGGCUCAAGCUCCGGGGCGUAGACGUCGAGGCUGGCUCGAAGCGUGCUCGCAAGCGCGCCCGCAAAGUGAGCAAGACGUUGCGCAAACUCGCCGCCGGCGAGUCGGUAAAGCGCAAGAAGUUGACCAAAGCACGCGGAUACAAGCUGGAGCUCGAGCUCAAGAUCCGCCGCGAGCGCGACGAGGUCUCGGGUGCCGAGCUGUGGGAGAAGUUCAAGCUCGGCCCGUUCAAACUCGGCAAAGCUGGCUCGCCCAACGCACUCGCCAAGCGCAUCCGCAAACGCUUGCCCAAGAAGGAGCCUGCUCGUGCAGUCCUGCUUGACCUGCUCGCCAGCCUCGACCUCGACGCCUCGCCGUGGGUCCGCAUCUCCAAGAACCGCAUCCAGGGCGAGCCGACCGUCGACGGUGUCCGCAAGGUCGGCCGUGCGGCGCUUGCCCUCGGCCCCGAUCCGGCGCUGGCCGCGCUCCUCGGUCUCUCGCCUCCCACCGCCACGAGCGACCCGCUCCAGUGGGCCACCUUUGCCCUCGAGGGUGCCGAGCUCGAUCCGGUCGCCGCUGCGGCCGCCGACGUUGCCCACCUCGCCUUCGACGGCCUCAUCCACGGCUACCCCGCUGCGGUCAUGGCCGCUGCCGGUGUUGUGGAUGAUCGCUCUGCCAGCAGUAGUUCCAGUAGCAGCAGCAGCAGCAGCAGUAGCCAUUCCAACGACCCUUCGAGUACAUCGGACACGAGCGAGUCGUCGUCAUCGUCGUCAUCAUGAAUGAAUGAGAGCGAGCCCGUA